AUGGGGGGCCGGCGGCCGCCUGCCCCCGGCCCCCCUGCGCGGGCACGGCCCCUCUCUCCUUCUCACCUCCUUCCCUCCCCAGCGAGGCUGAACAACUGGCCCCCGCUGCCGUCCUUCUGCCCGGUGAAGCCUUGCUUCUACCAGGACAUCCCCGUGGAGAUCCCUGCCGACUUCCAGAAGACCGUGACUACCAUGUAUUACCUCUGGAUGGCCAGCACCAUUGCUCUCUUCCUGAACUUCUUGUCCUCGCUGGCCUGGUUCUGUGUGGAGCCCUCGUCCGGUUCUGGGUUCGGCCUCUCCAUUCUCUGGGCUCUCCUCUACACGCCCUGCUCCUUUGUCUGCUGGUAUAGGCCGAUGUACAAAGCUUUCAGGAGCGACAGUUCGUUCAACUUCUUUGUCUUCUUCUUCGUCUUCUUUGCCCAGAACGUGAUGUACGUGCUGCAGGCGAUUGGCAUCCCAAACUGGGGGUUCAGCGGCUGGAUAUUGAGCCUGAUAGCGCUGCGGACGAACACGGCCGUGGCUGUGAUGAUGAUCCUGGUGUCCUUGUUCUUCACAGCAGUGGCUGUGCUGGGCAUCAUUAUGCUGAAAAAGCUGGCGCUGUCUGGGCUCGUCGGCAUCGUCUCCUGGAAGCGGCCGCUCACGCUGGUGGUCACCUUCUUCACGUUGCUGUCGGUGCUGGGCGUCAUGCUGAGCCUCGCCGGGUCCAUCCUGUCCUGCCAGAACGCGCAGCUGGUGAAGUCCCUGGAGGCCUGCGAGAGGGAGAGGGACUCGUGUGUCUGCUGCCAGGCCCGCUCGGAGCCUCUGCCCGCCUCCUGCAGCCAGCAGAGCGAGAUGCUGACCAUGUUCCCCAACCCCGACUGCCGGAGCAUCCGCGUGGCACUCAAGGAUCUCCUCUUCAGCGUCUGCGGCUUGACCGUCUUCUCCACCAUCAUCUGCACGCUCUCUGCUGUUGUGUGCUGCAUCCAGAUCUUCUCCCUUGACAUUGUCCAUGUGCUGGUCCCCCAGCGCUCGAGCUCCGUGACGCUGGAAUGCACGUCCCCGCCCGACACCUUUCUGCAGAGUAUGAUGGACUUCGAGGAGUUCGUGCCCCCGGUGCCGCCACCCCCCUACUACCCGCCCGAGUACACCUGCAGCUCCGAGACCGACGCGCAGAGUAUCACCUACAACGGCUCCAUGGACAGCCCCGUGCCCCUCUACCCGACCGACUUCCCCCCCUCCUACGAGACCGUGAUGGGGCUGCGGGGCGACAGCCAGGCCACCCUGUUUGACUCGCAGCUGACGGACGGCUCGCACGCCUGCACCUGCGACCGCGUCCCCUCCAUCGUGCUCAGCGGAGAAGUGUCCAUGGACAGCGGGUCCCUGAUCAUGUCCGAGAUCAUGGACAUCCCCGGGGACAGCAGCCCCUCAGAGGACUCGUGCCUGCUGGAGCUGCAGGGCUCCAUGCGCUCCGUGGACUACGUCCUCUUCCGCUCCAUCCAGCGCAGCCGCGCGGACUACUGCCUGAGCGUGGACUGCGUGCAGUGCAGCCACCACGCGCGCAGCCCCACGCUGGGCUUGCAGGGGCCCUUCGAGGAGACGCCCCAGCCCCGGGUGCGGGGGGAGCGCUCCUACUCCUGCUCCACGGCGGAGCCCAGCCACGACGGCAUCUUGGUGGGGGGAGCCGUCACCCACAGCUGCAAUCGCCUGGAGGGGCUGGCCCGCUGCGUCGGCCCCUGCUUCCCCGAGGUGCGGCUCAAGGAGAAGAGCUCGCUGCAGGGGCGCGGGGGCGGCUGCCCCACGGGGCCCGGCGCCGGCCGCCUCUGCCACCCACGGCGCAACAGCGAGACCUCCUGCCCCUCGUCCCCAGCCCCGGGGCUGAGCCAGCGCCUGCUCGUGAGGUCGCACAGUGACCCCGGCGUCCUGACGGCCGGUGAUGCUGCAGAUUUCAGGGAAGUACUUUAUACCAAAGCACUGGAGGACGCCAUGUCCAACUCCUCUGCGGAUACAGGGCUGUGCUCCGAGGCCUGCCUGCUCCGCCGUUCGCACUGUGACUCCCCCCCGCUGCUCCGGGCCGGCUCGGCGGGGAAGAGCAAGCUGCUGCCCUCCAAGAAGGUGACGCAGCAGCUAUCGAAGACGACGACCCGCUCCCUGGGGGACCUCAAGGUCUGCCGGGGCACCCGCGGGCUGGUGGCCAGGUUCCUGCAGAGACCCAAGCGCAGCCCGGCAGCCGGCGUGGAGGUGCCCGGGCACAGCUCGCAGGGGCACAAGCAGCCCGUCUUGGCGCGGCAGCCCCUUCCCUUGGGCCCCCGCCGUAGCUGCGAGUGGGAAAAUGGCGUGUGUCGCAACGGCUUUGGCUUUGCCCCUGAGUCACUGCGGCCUGGAGGCAGUUCCUGGGAUGUCCCGGCCUCGGCUUACGGGACGCUGGAGGCCUUGCGCAGCCCAGGAGGCCCUGACGGGAACGAGCCCAUCCUUAAUGACAGCGAGAGCGGCAGGGCCGGAAGGCGGCGGGAGCGCAGGGGGGGGAGCUUCCAGCGCAGCCUGCGUGCCCCAGAUCUUGUCCUGACCGUGGACGUGACGCAGCGGUACCAGAAGGUGAAGGGUUUUGGUGGGGCCAUGACCGACGCGGCUGCCAUCAACAUCCUUUCCCUGCCGGAAACGGCCCGGGAUCACCUGCUGCGCUCCUACUUCUCUGAGGAAGGGCUGGAGUACAACCUUGUCCGGCUCCCUAUGGCCAGCUGCGACUUCUCCCUCUACGCCUACACCUACGACGACGUUCCCUUCGACUACGAGCUCACCCACUUCAGCCUGUCGGACGAGGACACGAAGCUGAAGAUCCCCCUCCUGCACCAAGCCUUGGCCAUGACCAAGCGGCCGCUGUCGCUGUACGCCAGCCCCUGGACCUCCCCAGCCUGGAUGAAGACCAGCGAGUCCUUCGUGGGGAAGGGCACGCUGAAGGGGCAGGCGGGGGACAAGUACCACAAGACCUGGGCCAACUACUUUGUACGGUUCCUGGACGAAUACGCCAAGCACAACCUGACCUUUUGGGCGGUGACGGCGGAGAACGAGCCCAUGGCCGGGCUGAUCAACAACUACCCCUUCCAGUGCCUGGGCUUCACGGCCGAGCAGCAGCGGGACUUCAUCGCACGGGACCUGGGCCCCGCGCUGGCCAACAGCUCCCACCGCCAUGUCCAGCUCAUCAUCCUGGAUGACAACCGGCUCCACCUCCCGCACUGGGCUAAAGUGGUCCUGGAGGAUGAAGAAGCAGCUCGCUAUGUCCAUGGCAUCGGCAUCCACUGGUACCUGGACUUCAUCGGUCCCAUACAGGACACGGUGGUGCCCACUCAUGAGCUUUUCCCCGACUACUUCAUCCUGGGCACAGAGGCGUGCACCGGCUCUGGUUUCUGGGAGAGGGACGUGAUCCUGGGCUGCUGGGAGCGGGGGAACCAGUACAGCCACAGCAUCUUGACGAACCUGAACCACUUUGUGGCCGGCUGGACCGACUGGAACCUGGCCCUGAACCUGGAGGGGGGCCCCAACUGGGUCAAGAACUACGUGGACAGCCCCGUCAUCGUGGACACCAGCGAAGGCAUCUUCUACAAGCAGCCCAUGUUCUACCACCUGGGGCACUUCAGUAAGUUCAUCCCUGAGGGCUCCCAGCGCGUGGGGCUUGUCGCCUCCAAAGAGUCCAAGAAGAUGGACCUGGAGUACACGGCUUUCCUGCGCCCCGACGGCGCCGUGGUGGUGGUGGUUCUGAACCGGUCCCUGCAGAACAUCACCUUCGGGCUGGCUGAUACCGUCGGCCUCAUCGCAGCUGUGGCUCCAGCCAGCCCCAUCCAGACCUACCUCUGGCAGCGGCAGUGA